GCAGUCCUGGGGAUAAUGUGUGUGCCCGUGUGCCCACGCUGCUGUCCCCGGGAAGGCGGGGGUGUAUCACGUGCCUCCUCCGUCUUCUCCCUGUGUGAGAUCUGACCUGGACCGUCCCGUGCUACCACCAUUGUCCCUGCAGUGCUGAGGGCACGAGGGCAGACACCCUUGCUUUACCGUGUUGACCUUUGACUCCAGACUCUCCAGGCUGACUGACUGGCAUAGUGCCUGAUGGGGAGGGGGAGGGAAGGCAGAGGAGCAGGGCGCUAAACUGCAAUAUUGUUUUUAAUUCUCUUUAUUUUAUGAGUAUUUGCUUCCGUAUAGGUAUGUGCUCCACACUCGUGCCUGAGCCCUUGGAGGCCCGAAAAGGGAAGUGGUUCCCUGGAACUGGAGUUACAGAUGGUUGUGAGCUGCCAUGUGGGUGCUGGGAACCAAACCCUGCUCCUCUGGAAGAGCAGCCAGUGCUCUUAACUACUGAGCCGUCUCUCCAGCCACUGAACUGGAGGAUUCUGUGGCUCAAAGCAGUAACUGGCUGCUGACCACAAAGGUACCCAAAAGAGGUUGAGUCAGCUUGGGGUUCAGAGUGUGUGCUUAACUUUCAUUCUGUCCAAAGACAGAAUCUCCAAACUUACAUACUUUGCAAAAAAGAAAAAACAACAAAAACCUCCUUUGUAUCAUUAUUAUUAUUGGUUUUUCGAGACAGGGUUUCUCUGUGUAGCCCUGGCUGUCCUGGAUCUCACUCUGUAGACCAGGCUGGCCUCAAAUCACAGAGAUCCACCUGCCUCUGCCUCCUGUGUGCUGGGAUUAAAGGUGUGCACCACCACCACCUGACAUGUAUUGUCAUUAUUUACACUUCUGUGUGUGCAGGCGGUGAGGGUGUGCACAAGCGUGUGUGUAAUGGGAAGAGCACUGUGUUGGAGUCACUGGGAUCAAACUCAGGUCAUCAGGCUUGGUGUCAAGUACCUUUCCUUACUGAGCCAUCUUGCUGGCCCUAAGACACUCCUUCAUUUCUCUUAAACCCUAUUCCCAUGUCUGAAAGGAAGUGGCUUGUUGAGCUAAGAAAUUCCCUUUCCCAAAAAACAAAGAUGGAGUCUGGAGAGAUGGCUCAGUGGAUAAGAGCACUCUUCAGAAGACCCGAGAUGAAUUCCCAGCACCCAAGGUGGCUGGCUCACCACUGUUUGUAACUCCAGUUCCAGGAGACCUGUGUCCUCUCCUGGAUUCUGGGCAGCUGCACUCUUGUGCACACAUGCACUCACACAGACACACCAACAUGCGUGUGCAUGGUUUAAAAAUCUUUUAAAAAGGUGGGGGUGGGGAUUGGAGCUAUGACUCAAUGGUUAAGAGCACUUGUUGCUCUUGUAGAGAACCUGGGUUCAGUUCCCAUAAUUCCAGUUCCAGGGGAUCCACCUCCCUCUUCUGACUUCCACUGCCCCAGACAGAUGUUACACAAGCAUACAGGCAAAUCAUGUACAUAAAAAACAUACACAAAAAAAAAAAAAAAAAGAUGAAGGUGGCUGGUACCGUUUUAACCCGUUACCCCCGUGUGGUCCUGCCUCUGCGUGUUAGGCGAAGGAGGAGAGAGUUGUGUCCAGUGCUGGUAAUCCCCACAACAGAAGGGGCAAGGCCAGGAGCCCAGAGGAUGGGGACAGCUGGAACUACCUUCUACCUAGUUCCCACUCAGGGUGUGAUAGAGAAUGGAGGAUUGGACCCGAAAAGACUUAGCUCCCCAGAGAAGUGAAGAGAAGGACAUGAGGUACUGCCUUCUGAAAUCCAGCCUAAGUAGCCUUUCCCAGAAGAGGACUGCUGCUUUAGGCUGCUGCCUCUGGGCCAGACAGGAGCGCUAAUAGGAAUCGGUACCACAGGAGACCCAAAAGCCAGGAGUCAGCCUAGCCCCGCCCACUGUUGGUGGGUGCGUACCCCAUCCAGCACAGACCACCCUGCAACAGGGAUUGGCUGAAGAGCUGGAGAGAGGCAGGGCGUCUCCCCUUUCAGGGCCAAGGGUUAUAAAGGGGUUCAGGCAAGUGCGAAAGAUGCUCUGGAGACGUGCGGCUGACUCCCCGAACAUAAGGCAUGACCCAGGCAGUUAAGCUCGCCUCCAGGGUGCUCCAUCGGGUCCACCGGCCUCCACAGCUGGAUGCCGCCGCCUCCUCGCUGACCUCCAGAGGCUCUGACUCAGUUCUCCGGAGUUUGUCUGACAUCCCCGGGCCCUCUAUGCCUAGCUUCCUGGCAGAACUUUUCUGCAAAAGUGGGCUGUCCCGGCUACAUGAACUGCAGGUGCAGGGAGCUGCGCGCUACGGGCCAAUAUGGUCAGGCAGCUUCGGGACACUUCGCACAGUGUAUGUGGCCUGCCCUGCGCUUGUAGAGCAGCUACUGCGGCAAGAGAGUCCCUGUCCAGAGCGCUGCAGCUUCUCCUCUUGGGCAGAGCACCGUCGCCGCUACCAGCGGGCUCCGGGAUUGCUAACAGCGGAUGGGGAAGAAUGGCAGAGACUCCGAAGCCUCCUGGCCCCGCUGCUCCUCCGGCCUCAAGCAGCCGCGGGCUACGCCGCAACUCUGGACAACGUGGUCCGUGACCUUGUGCGACGACUCAGGCGCCAGCGGGGACGUGGCUCUGGGCUACCCAACCUAGUUCAGGACGUGGCGGGAGAGUUUUACAAAUUUGGCUUAGAAGGCAUAGGCGCGGUGCUGCUGGGUUCACGCCUCGGCUGCCUGGAGGCCGAAGUACCUGCGGACACCGAGACCUUCAUCCACGCGGUGGGCUCGGUGUUCGUGUCCACACUCUUGACCAUGGCGAUGCCCAACUGGAUGCACCGCCUUGUACCCGGACCCUGGGCCCGCCUCUGCCGAGACUGGAACCAGAUGUUUGCCUUUGCCCAGAAGCACGUGGAGCAGCGAGAAAGCGAAGCAGACGUGAGGAAACAGGGGAAGACUGAGGAGGACGUGCCGUCUGGGCAUCACUUAACCCACUUCCUUUUUCGGGAGAAGUUGUCUGUCCAGUCCAUCGUGGGGAACGUGACAGAGCUCCUGCUGGCCGGAGUGGACACGGUAUCCAACACGCUCUCCUGGGCGCUCUAUGAGCUCUCCCGGCACCCCGAUGUCCAGUCUGCGCUGCACUCCGAGAUCACAGCUGCCGUGGACCCUGGCUCCCGCGCCCACCCCCAGGCCGCGGUCUUGUCCCAGCUCCGUCUGUUGAGGGCUGUGAUCAAGGAGGUGUUAAGAUUGUACCCUGUGGUGCCUGGGAAUUCCCGUGUCCCAGACAGAGACAUCCGAGUAGGUGACUGUAUUAUCCCCAAAAAUACGCUGGUCUCCCUCUGUCACUACGCCACUUCAAGGGACCCUGCGCAGUUCCCGGAGCCGGACUCUUUCAAUCCAGCUCGCUGGCUGGGGGGAGGCCCAGCCCCGCACCCCUUUGCGUCCCUUCCUUUCGGCUUUGGCAGACGCAGCUGCAUCGGGAGACGCCUGGCCGAGCUGGAGCUACAAAUGGCUUUGGCCCAGAUCUUGAUACAUUUUGAGGUGCUGCCUGAGCCAGGUGCUCUCCCAGUCAGACCCAUGACCCGGACUGUCCUGGUACCCGAGAAGAGCAUCAACCUACAGUUCGUAGACAGAUAGUCGUAUGGAAGGAAGGAAGCCAAUGUCAUCCGCCCUCUCCUAACGGGACAUUAUUAGGCACUAGAGGCACACUUCCCCUUGUGGCCUGUCUGUCUGAACAAACUUCAGGACGUAGGACCUGACCUAUGUGUAAAGCGUGUACUUGGCUUGACUCAGUGGGUCCUCACAGAACCGUGAUCCUUUCUCCUGCUCAGUACUUCUCCUGGUCAUUCCUCAAGGCCCAGAGCCAUCAGAUCUUAACACAUCCUUAAAGGGCCAACUCAGAUGUUGACUAAUAACCCUGGGGGGCCUGGGGAGGGAUUCAGCCACCGGUCCUCCCGUGCUUACAGUGUUCACGGAUGCCCUGGCUAAGCAUUGACCUUAGCAUGCGUUC